AUGCAUCGGCAAGAUGGAACAGCUGCCUCCGGAAAACAGGAAAAUGCUCAUUCAGAUGCGACGCCUCAUCUAAGGGAAGCAUCAUGGUCGCCAGGCUCCCCUGCUACAACCGGCUCAUCAGGCUUUCAUGCCUUCACCGGAUCACCAGCCUCCCCUGCUACAACUGGCUCAUCAGGCUUUCAUGCCUUCACCGGAUCACCAGGCUCCCCUGCUACAACCGGCUCAUCAGGCUCCCCUGCUACAACCGGCUCAUCAGGCUUUCAUGCCUUCACCGGAUCACCAGGCUCCCCUGCUACAACCGGCUCAUCAGGCUUUCAUGCCUUCACCGGAUCACCAGGCUCCCCUGCUACAACCGGCUCAUCAGGCUUUCAUGCCUUCACCGGAUCACCGGGCUCCCCUGCUACAACCGGAUCACCAGGCUCCCCUGCUACAACCGGAUCACCGGGCUCCCCUGCUACAACCGGAUCACCAGGCUCCCCUGCUACAACCGGAUCACCAGGCUCCCCUGCUACAACCGGCUCAUCAGGCUUUCAUGCCUUCACCGGAUCACCAGGCUCCCCUGCUACAACCGGAUCACCAGGCUCCCCUGCUACAACCGGCUCAUCAGGCUUUCAUGCCUUCACCGGAUCACCAGGCUCCCCUGCUACAACCGGAUCACCGGGCUCCCCUGCUACAACCGGCUCAUCAGGCUUUCAUGCCUUCACCGGAUCACCAGGCUCCCCUGCUACAACCGGCUCAUCAGGCUUUCAUGCCUUCACCGGAUCACCAGGCUCCCCUGCUAUAACCGGAUCACCAGGCUCCCCUGCUACAACCGGCUCAUCAGGCUUUCAUGCCUUCACCGGAUCACCAGGCUCCCCUGCUACAACCGGCUCAUCAGGCUUUCAUGCCUUCACCGGAUCACCAGGCUCCCCUGCUACAACCGGAUCACCAGGCUCCCCUGCUACAACCGGAUCACCGGGCUCCCCUGCUACAACCGGAUCACCGGGCUCCCCUGCUACAACCGGCUCAUCAGGCUUUCAUGCCUUCACCGGAUCACCGGGCUCCCCUGCUACAACCGGCUCAUCAGGCUUUCAUGCCUUCACCGGAUCACCGGGCUCCCCUGCUACAACCGGCUCAUCAGGAUUUCAUGCCUUCACCGGAUCACCAGGCUCCCCUGCUACAACCGGCUCAUCAGGCUUUCAUGCCUUCACCGGAUCACCAGGCUCCCCUGCUACAACCGGCUCAUCAGGCUUUCAUGCCUUCACCGGAUCACCAGGCUCCCCUGCUACAACCGGAUCACCAGGCUCCCCUGCUACAACCGGCUCAUCAGGCUUUCAUGCCUUCACCGGAUCACCAGGCUCCCCUGCUACAACCGGAUCACCGGGCUCCCCUGCUACAACCGGCUCAUCAGGCUUUCAUGCCUUCACCGGAUCACCAGGCUCCCCUGCUACAACCGGCUCAUCAGGCUUUCAUGCCUUCACCGGAUCACCAGGCUCCCCUGCUACAACCGGCUCAUCAGGCAUUUCAUCACCAGGCCUUCAACCGGAUCACCGGAGGCUCCCUGCUACAACCGGAUCACCAGGCUCCCCUGCUACAACCGGAUCACCGGGCUCCCCUGCUACAACCGGAUCACCGGGCUCCCCUGCUACAACCGGCUCAUCAGGCUUUCAUGCCUUCACCGGAUCACCGGGCUCCCCUGCUACAACCGGCUCAUCAGGCUUUCAUGCCUUCACCGGAUCACCGGGCUCCCCUGCUACAACCGGCUCAUCAGGAUUUCAUGCCUUCACCGGAUCACCAGGCUCCCCUGCUACAACCGGCUCAUCAGGCUUUCAUGCCUUCACCGGAUCACCGGGCUCCCCUGCUACAACCGGAUCACCGGGCUCCCCUGCUACAAUCGGAUCACCGGGCUCCCCUGCUACAACCGGCUCAUCAGGCUUUCAUGCCUUCACCGGAUCACCAGGCUCCCCUGCUACAACCGGAUCACCAGGCUCCCCUGCUACAACCGGCUCAUCAGGCUUUCAUGCCUUCACCGGAUCACCAGGCUCCCCUGCUACAACCGGAUCACCAGGCUUUCAUGCCUUCACCGGAUCACCAGGCUCCCCUGCUACAACCGGAUCACCGGGCUCCCCUGCUACAACCGGAUCACCAGGCUCCCCUGCUACAACCGGAUCACCGGGCUCCCCUGCUACAACCGGAUCACCAGGCUCCCCUGCUACAACCGGCUCAUCAGGCUUUCAUGCCUUCACCGGAUCACCAGGCUCCCCUGCUACAACCGGAUCACCAGACUCCCCUGCUACAACCGGAUCACCGGGCUCCCCUGCUACAACCGGAUCACCGGGCUCCCCUGCUACAACCGGCUCAUCAGGCUUUCAUGCCUUCACCGGAUCACCGGGCUCCCCUGCUACAACCGGCUCAUCAGGCUCCCCUGCUACAACCGGAUCACCGGGCUCCCCUGCUACAACCGGAUCACCGGGCUCCCCUCCUACAACCGGCUCAUCAGGCUUUCAUGCCUUCACCGGAUCACCAGGCUCCCCUGCUACAACCGGCUCAUCAGGCUUUCAUGCCUUCACCGGAUCACCAGGCUCCCCUGCUACAACCGGAUCACCAGGCUCCCCUGCUACAACCGGCUCAUCAGGCUUUCAUGCCUUCACCGGAUCACCAGGCUCCCCUGAUACAACCGGCUCAUCAGGCUUUCAUGCCUUCACCGGAUCACCGGGCUCCCCUGCUACAACCGGCUCAUCAGGCUUUCAUGCCUUCACCGGAUCACCAGGCUCCCCUGCAUCAGGCUUUCAUGCCUUCACCGGAUCACCAGGCUCCCCUGCUACAACCGGCUCAUCAGGCUUUCAUGCCUUCACCGGAUCACCAGGCUCCCCUGCUACAACCGGCUCAUCAGGCUUUCAUGCCUUCACCGGAUCACCAGGCUCCCCUGCUAUAACCGGAUCACCAGGCUCCCCUGCUACAACCGGCUCAUCAGGCUUUCAUGCCUUCACCGGAUCACCAGGCUCCCCUGCUACAACCGGCUCAUCAGGCUUUCAUGCCUUCACCGGAUCACCGGGCUCCCCUGCUACAACCGGCUCAUCAGGAUUUCAUGCCUUCACCGGAUCACCAGGCUCCCCUGCUACAACCGGAUCACCAGGCUCCCCUGCUACAACCGGAUCACCGGGCUCCCCUGCUACAACCGGAUCACCGGGCUCCCCUGCUACAACCGGCUCAUCAGGCUUUCAUGCCUUCACCGGAUCACCGGGCUCCCCUGCUACAACCGGCUCAUCAGGCUUUCAUGCCUUCACCGGAUCACCAGGCUCCCCUGCUACAACCGGAUCACCAGGCUCCCCUGCUACAACCGGCUCAUCAGGCUUUCAUGCCUUCACCGGAUCACCAGGCUCCCCUGCUUCCUCUGGCUCGUCAGGCUCUCAUGCCUCAGCCAGAUCGCCAGGCUCCUCUGACUCAGGUCUGUCAGGUUUCCGCGCCCCAGCCGGCGACAGCUUCCCGUGCAUCAGCAAGGAUGACCGGUCCGCUCCUGAUCCCCGGGAUCGUCCCUUUGGUUGGGGUCCUGCGGCUGGAACUGAACGCACCGGGGAGGGGGUAGCGUCACGUAUGCUCUCUCUGGAGUACUAG